ACCAUCUUUAUAAGCUCUCCACCAAAAGCUCCUGCAUUUGCUUAUUUUGGAGCAUCUGCGUGUCUGAACUUUCUUUCUGUCUCUGUCUCUGUCUCUGGUUCUAAGUCUUUCUCUCUCCCUCUCUGAAAUUAGUUUUUUGGUGGUGUGCGUCUGUGUGGAGGUGAGUAAUUAGCCAUGGGACGCACUCCAUGUUGUGACAAAGAUAAUGUGAAGAGAGGUCCAUGGUCACCUGAUGAAGACGCAACUCUCAAGAGCUACCUUGAGACUCAUGGAACUGGUGGAAAUUGGAUCCUUUUGCCCAAAAAAGCUGGUCUUAGGAGAUGUGGGAAGAGUUGCCGUUUACGUUGGCUCAAUUAUCUGAGGCCAGACAUCAAACAUGGAUGCUUCACUGAAGAGGAAGACAACAUUAUAUGUAGCCUCUACAGCCAAAUGGGAAGCCGAUGGUCAGUGAUAGCUUCUCGGAUGUCUGGAAGAACAGAUAAUGAUGUGAAGAACUAUUGGAACACCAAAUUAAAGAAGAAGCUAUUUGGAGGAAAACAAAACCUCACAACAAAGAACAGCAAAGAGCCCACUAACAAUGCCACUCUUCCUGGUUCUGCAGCCUCACUGGCCCUGCCUUGUGUCCCAAAAGCUGAACCCCAAGACUCUGCCUUUUCAACAUUCCAAACCCAAAUUCCAGCCACAUUGCACAUGUUAACUGAUGUUAAUUCUGGACUGAAUGCCUGUAACCAAACCUGGACCUUAAACUCACCAGAUCAAUUAUACAGCUCCAAGGUCAUGGCUUUUUCAGAUUUUGGUGCGAGUUCAAAGAAAAGUUACACUACUGUUUCAUUAUCUCAGGAUGGCUCAAACAAUUCAGACUCUUCUUCAAUAGCUGCUGUUGACAAGUGUGCCUCACUACCUGGAAAUGGUUCCCUUGAUGAUUCUGGGAUGUUUACAGAUUUCGGUCUGCCUUAUGAUGUGAAUUAUGGCAUGUGCUUUGGAGAAAAAACCAGUGAAUUUGGCCCAGCUAGCUGUACAAAUUUUGGUGAUUUAUUUUCAAGCUCAUAUUGAGGCACAAAACAAGGACUGAAUCAAAGGGUUCUCAACCAUCUGUGAAAAACAAAAAGCAUGGGGAAAAGAAACAAAAGCAAAUGCUUAGAAUUGGCUAAGGAGAUGGGGGAAGUAAAUAUUAGCUGGAGAAAAGGAUGUUCUUUUUUUGUUCCCCCUCUGUUUUAAUUUCUUUUUCACUUAUUCUAGUUAUAUUCAGUCUCAGUUGGACCUCUGCUUCUGUUCAUAGAGGAGGAGAAAAUGUGAUGUAAAUCAAAUUUUUAAGUAAUGACUAGUAGAUGAACAUGCAUGGAACCC